AUGGCCCAACUGGAGCUGAUCAAGGCGGAGGAGGAGGAUGCGGCAGCGGAGGCCUACGACGAGAUUGUGGCUCACUACAGAAGGAAGCGCGCUGACUGUAAGGCUCGGAUCGUCAAUGAGCUGGGCGAGGAGGCCUACCUCAAGCUCGAGGCCGGUGACGACUGCGUGGCCAAGGACCCCGACUACGUGGAUGAGAUCAACGAGCGUGCCAUACUUCCUGGCUACAAGAAGCUAUCUGACACCGACUUAUACUUGGAAAUAUACUCAUGCUUGCACCCGGAUUCGGAAUCGGACUCGGAAGAAAAUGAUGAUGGUCAUAAUGAUGAUGGCGACGACGACGACGACGAUGAUGGUGGUGGUGAUGAGGAUGAGGAGGCAGAGGAAGAUUCUGACUCCAAAGAAGAAGAAGGUGAAGAAGAAGAGGGGGAGGAGGAGUUGGAGGCAGAGAAGUUUAUAUCUUUAGCGGAAAGUAGGGUAGCGGCGGCGGAGGCAGCCCUCGGCGAGUUCGAGUGGCGAACGGGGCCGGUAACUUUAUCAUGGCGAUCAGAAGGAAAGAGCUGCUCAUGGAGCACCUGGACAACAUGA